AGAAAUGCUACACUUGCAAACUCUGGGAUCUGUGGACUGGGGAGACGUGGACAGGAGAGGAGAGGAGAUGGCCUGGUCUGCCCUCCAUCUCCUGAGCCUUCUCUGGGCUGUGGCUGGGACCGGUACCCAGAUCCGAAGCUCAUGCUCUGUUCCCUCUGGCCAGCAGCCCUUGGUUAACAGCCUUCAAGUGCUCAUGGAGAGCUCUGUGACUUCAUCGGCCUUGCCAAACCCCAGCGUCCUCAUUGCCAUGAACUUGGCCGGAGCCUACAACCUGGAGGCCCAGAAACUCCUCACUUACCAGCUCAUGGCCAGUGACACCAACGAUCUAACUAUUGGUCAGCUCGCCCUCACCAUUAUGGCCCUCACCUCCUCCUGCCGAGACACUGGGAAUGACGUAUUGCUUCUACAAAACCAAAUGGAGAAGUGGGCACCUUCAGGCUCCAACGCUGAAGCUUCAUCCUUCUAUGGACCAGGUCUGGCGAUCCUGGCACUGUGCCAGAAAAACCCCGAGACCACUUUACCAAUAGCAGCCCGCUUUGCCAAGUCCCUGCUGACCAAUCUCUCUCCCUUCAAUACAGACACAGGAGCAAUAGCAACCUUGGCUCUGACCUGUAUGUACAACAAGAUCCCUGUAGGUUCAGAUCAAGGUUACAGAAACCUGUUUGGUCAGGUACUAAAGAGUAUCGUGGAGAAUAUCAGCAUGAGGAUCCAAGACAAUGGCAUCAUUGGAAACAUCUACAGUACUGGCCUCGCCAUGCAGGCUCUCUCCGUCACACCUGAGCAACCUAACGAGGAGUGGGACUGCAAGAACACCAUGGAUACAAUACUUCAAGAGAUUGAGCAGGGGAAAUUCCACAACCCCAUGUCCAUUGCCCAAAUCCUCCCUUCUCUGAAAGGCAAGACAUACCUAGAUGUGCCCCACGUGAUUUGUAGCUCUGAUCAAGAGGUGCAACCAACUCUACCCAACUAUCCUAGCCCUGUCCCCACCUCACCAUCCAACAUCACUGUCAUAUACACCAUAAAUAACCAGCUGAGAGGGGUGGAACUGCUCUUCAAUGUGACCAUCGAUGUUAGUGUGAAGACUGGGUCAGUGCUACUUGUUGUCCUACAAGAAGCACAACGCAAAAGUCCCAUGUUCAAAUUUGAAACCACAAUGACAUCCUGGGGCCUUGUUGUCUCUUCUAUCAACGAUAUUGCUGAAAAUGUUAAUCAUAAGACGUACUGGCAGUUCCUUAGUGGCCAAACACCUUUGAAUGAAGGUGUUGCUGACUAUAUACCCUUCAACCAGGAGCACAUCACAGCCAACUUUACACAGUACUAA